AUGGAGAGGGCCCCCGGUUUAUCGUUUCCGAGCGGAAUCCUCGCGCGUGCCGUGCGCGCACCACGCUGGACGGGAAGAUCCGCGCGUGUUUACGAGCCAGGCGUCGGAUGUUCGCGGUCUACGUCGCCGUCGGGCCGCCGGUAUAAAAGCCUAGAAAACACGGCGGAGAGUUGCAGUUCUCGCUUGGCCGCCUUAAAUACCGUAAUGGGAGAGAUGAGAUUUAAGGUCGCGGUCGCCUUGACCGUCGCGUUGGCCCUGGGUCAUCGAUCACAGGCCGGCGUGAUAUCCUUGGAAGGAGACGCUUUCGACGGCCAAGAGGUCGCGCUGGAUGACGCCGAGCAACAGCAACAGCAGCACGAGCUCUCUUUGGCCAGCUCGUACGUGCAGUUCCAGGGGCCCGUCGAGGGGCCCGAGUACGAGGUGAAAGUGCCGCAGCAGCAAGACGACGGGAACCAUCUGCGCCACGACGAGGAGCACGAGUACGCGGUGGACUACGUGGCGCAUCCGAGAUACGAGUUCUCGUACGGCGUCGAGGACCACAAUACCGGCGACUUCCACAAUCAAAAGGAGACGAGAGACGGAAGCAGCGUGUCCGGCGAGUACAGCGUAAAGGAGCCAGGUGGCAGCGUCCGGGUCGUCAGAUACCGGGCGGACAAGGACGGAUUCCAUGCUGUGGUGCAGACUUCUGGCGAGACCGACCACGCGGCCGUUGUCUACGGUGGUCAAGGCCAGGCCGAGGUUCACGAUCACCAAACGGCGGACCAUCGGCAACAAAACGUCCAGCAUUACGCCACCUCCUACACCAGCCAGCACGCCUACUGACCAGCCGGCGACCUGCUAAGGUCACCACCGGUCAGCCAGCGUGCCUGCCGAUCAGCCAGCGCCUCGGCGAUGUCCGACCGUUCCUGCCAUUGUCCUGUUCCCCGGACGCAGAGGCGCGUCAUCGAGCUUUCGCGCGUUCCGCGACAAACCAAAGCACGGCGGGACCGCCGUGAGUUCACCGUUCUACGUUGUAAAUAUAGUUCACAGUUCUGAAUAAAUUAGCUGCGUCGAUCCAG